CUUCCAGCUUCCCACCAACAUAGCGGUGCAGAAGAAAGGCACAUCAGGGAGAAAUUCUCCUCCUCUCCCUCCCCAUGCUCCUGCUGACACCUUGGUGGCGGCAUGAAAAUCCCUCCCAGCAGUGCGAGUCGAGAGCAUCUCCCCUGUCCUCCCCCUGCUCCUUCAACCUUUGCUCUUUGUCUUUGUUUCGCUUCACCCUUCCUCCGGUAGCUCUCACUGCACCGGCCACAGACUUCCUUUAGGUCAGCCCAGCUGCGGCUGCAACACAACUUGCAGCCAAGUCGAAAGCACUGUUGUGCCACUGAGACUUCCCCGGAGGAGAGAAAUGCCAGCCAGAGAUUGAUGGCCUGCUCAGUCUGGCAAUCCAAGUCUCCAGAAAUGCCAGGAAAGCAUCUCCAGGGGAUCAGGGGAGGCAGGAGAUGGAGUUACAAGCAUUGCAUCUGCAAGCUGAGGUGGAAGGAGGCUGAGAAAUGAGGAAGACCACAGACUACUUGUUGGCCUGGCUUACAGCAGCAGCACCCUUUCCCCUACAGGGAAUAAAGUGCAUCCAUUAAAGUACACUUUGAUGAGCGUGUCCUGAUGGUUUUUGCAUCCUCCCAGACAGUCCAUCCUCAUAACAUUCUGGCUUUUUUGUGCCUGCUGGCUGCUUGGCAGCCCCAUCACGCACCGCUGGGUGCAGGGCGCUGCUGCCAUGAGGGACUUGGUUAAGCGCAUGGUGCUAAAGACACACCCAUGUCAGGAGUGUGGCAAAUCCUUCAGCAAGAAGGGAAACCUGAAGAGACACCAGCGGAUCCACACAGCAGAGGAGCUCUUCACUUGUGGGGAGUGUGGGAGGCGCUUCACCACCCGGGGCCACCUUACAACCCACCAGAGCAUCCACACAGGAGAGAGGCCCUUCUGCUGUGGGGAGUGCGGGCGCUGUUUCCGCCUGGAGAUAUGCCUGGCCGCCCACCAGAAGACACACGCCAAGGGUGGUCCUUACCUCUGCACCCGCUGCGGCAAGAGCCUGAGCACAAAGAUCUACUUCAAUAUCCACAUGCGGACACACACCGAGAAAAGGCCAUUCGCCUGCACUGAGUGUGGGAAGAGCUUUGUGAAAAAGGGGACCCUCACUGCCCACAGGGAGACCCACAAGAGGGAGAAGCCUUUCAAAUGUCCUGACUGCGGUAGGUGCUUUGGGCAAAGUGCCACACUGCUGGCCCACCAGAAGAUACAUCUCCGCGGGGGGCCUUUCAUUUGUACGGAGUGUGGGAAGAGCUUGAGCACCAAACGGUAUUUCAAUGUCCACCAGAGGAACCAUGUUAAGCAAAAGCCGCUUGAGGGACACAUCAAUGGCGUGUCUCUCCAAGUCAUCCAAAUUAAAGAGGAGCCUGAUUUUGCCUUCAGGUCAGAGGAGAAUACGUUGGAGAAUAUGACUCACGAAGGAGUUGUAGCCCAGGGGUGUAGCACACCUAGAAACCCAUCUAAUCCAAAAAGCCCUCCUUGGAAAAUACAGAUUAAGGAGGAAUCAGACGCACCCACUGAUGACACGGCAAACAUUACUGCAAUAGCCUGCCAGAAGCUUUACAUCAAGGAAGAGCCACCAGAAAACCCAGACUAUGGAAAGCUUUUUGAUCCAAAGAUCCCACUGAUGGCUUUACAGGGGAGACAGCUUAAAAAGGAAGAAGAUGCUGAUGGGCAGCAUGAAUGGGAAUUCAGUAACCAGGUGCUCCAUGUGAAGGAAGAACCACAGGAAAGCACUGAAUUUGGGAUGUAUCAUGGGCAGAAGCCAAACCUCAGUGCUAGCCAGAGGAUCCAAAUUAAAGAGGAACCUCGUGUGGAGGCCAACCAGCAGGAGAGCCAGAGCCCGAAGAGAAAGCAGAUGAAAUGCUAUCAGCCCACCAUAAAGGGGAUGGUGGAGAACCGGGAGAAACCCAUGUCCAAGAAAGAUCCCUCAACAAAAGGAGGUCCCAAGGGUGAACGCAUAUUCCCCUGUCCCGAGUGCGGGAAGAGUUUCAAUCAGAAAUCCAACCUGACCAGGCACAGGAAGAUUCACACAAGCGAGGGACCGUACAAGUGCAGUGAGUGCGGGGAGAGUUUCCGCAUGAACCGCAAGCUGAUCCGCCACCAGCGAGUCCACAUGAGCGAGCCCUUCAAAUGCACCGAAUGCGGGAAGAGCUUCACCCAGCGGUCAAAUCUGGUUCGGCACCAGAGGAUCCACACCAAGGAGGAGCCCUACCAGUGCCCUGAGUGCGAGAAGACCUUCAACCAGAAGGCCAACCUCUUCCGUCACCAAACAAUCCACGUCCGCAUGGGGCCUUGCAAGUGCACCAAGUGUGGGAAAUGCUUCCCCCAGAAGCGCCACCUGAUUAAACACCAGCUGCUCCACUCCCGAGGUGGGGCUUACAAGUGUGGGGUCUGUGGGAAGCGCUACCGGCUGAAGAAGUACCUGAGGAGGCACCAGAAGAUCCAUGCACGGGAAGGAACUGCUCCCUGCGCAAAACAAGGGGAGGCCACAAGGACCGGCAGUGGACCCCACCACACUGAACAGAGAGCACUGGCGCCCAUGAAGAGUGAAGAGGAGAGCUGAGAAAAGAAGCCCCCUCCCCACCUCCAAGGAACACACCACUUCCUUCUCCCAGGACAUGUUGCAGAUGGCAUCCUCUCGGAACCAUCUGAAAGUCGUGAAGUAUGACUCUGGGAAGUUACCCGCUGUGAUGCUUCAGACCCAAGCUGCUGGCUGUCUGCAUUGCCUGCUCUAGAGCAGGGAAACUGAGGCAUGGAGGAAAGGAAGGGAACAGGACAAAUUGUACUUGAGCUUUGCCUUUACCAGCUACUUGGACACCAUUGGGGUGAGGUGUUUUGACGCAGUGGCUCAAGCCCAACACUGAGUACAGCUGCCAAACCCCAAAAGCACAGUGUAAUUUUGGUGUUUAGACUCCCUCAGUGUCACGAUCCACUGUGGGUUGAACAGUUUGGCAGAGGUUAAACCCCCUUGCUUUCCAACCGACCUCAGAUAAUUCUGGGAGGUUGGGGGCGGCUGGGCUUAACUUCUGAUUAACUCCAAUGUGUUAUCGUGACUAGGUUCCUUUUACAUUCUCAGAAACAGAAUUAAGACUCAAAAUGGAGUCAAGUGCCAAGUCACUUUAUUUGGCCAGAAAUAGGGUCAGGAGAGAAAAGCAAAGGAAGGGAGAAAAAAAAAUGGUGAAAAAGAGAAUGAGAGGGAGAGAGGGAGGGAGUGGGACUGUUGCGAUAGCUAUCACCAUGGAUCUGUGGCAGUCCGUCCAGUCUGGGCACAGGGGGGAGUCUGGGCAUCUGAUGCAUCUUUGAAGGCAGUGGAAGGGGGGAUGUUCCAGAACACACUCCCGUCGUCUCUGCUGGUUUCCCCUUUUAUAAAGUUGCUCCCUUGCAUAGUCAGUAGCUGUUCUGCGCACCCCUGCCUGCCACUCGGCGGUGGGGCGUGUGCCCAGUACUGUCGCUAGAGGGUGCUUGAAAGUUCUAGAGGGUACGAGCAACCCCCCAUAUGUUGCCAGUCGGCCUUGGGCCCGGGCGUACGCGCAGAGGACGAGUACUCAGAGAUAACAGGGCGCACGUUCCUGCCGGGUUGGCCUUGGUGAUUAAACUGUUCCGCUCAGCUGCCGUAGUGAUCAGGCUUUAGUAGUGAAACUUGCCUGCCAACCACGUUGAGACAAGUUUCUAGUCCCUGACACUCAGCCUUUGAUAUAAUCAGGCCCAGGACGUGAUUUCAAACAGCAAAGCAAGCUCUGACAGCCUCUGAAGGAGCCUACCUCUGUCCUCUCACCUAUAUGUUGUAGUCAAAUUGAUCGAUAUGAAGCUUCCCCUCAAAUCCUUCUAACUUGGUGGAGAUGCAUUUCUGGGACAGAAAAGGCAGAUAUAUAGAGGAAAACAACAAGUUUAGGAUGUCCUAGGGGAGUCUAAGGGACACCCUUAUUAGAAAAAUGGGUCUGGGCCAAAUGGUGGGUAGUAUACUUCACUGCAGGACUGGGAAACUAUGUUCCUUGGGAAGAAUAUGGCUGAGCCAAACUAGAGAAGCAAAACAGCCUCCAUUAGGCUUACUGAGGGGCAGAGGUACAGCAGAGCCCUCUGGUGAGGAGAAAGUAAUCACCAGAUGGCUACCAUUUAUUUCCUUUUCAUUAGCGUAGCAUAGGGCCCUGGAGAUUGUUACCAAGAAGAGGAACUGGUAUGAGAGGUUUGCCAGUUGUGUUACUGUGUCCCUGCACAUAGAGAGGGCACUGAGCCUAUGUCAGUAGCUUUCCUGGACGUCACUGGAUCUUCCAUUGUUGACCAUGGCCAGUGUGGAUGUCCCAGCUUCUGGGGAAAAUCAAAGCUGAUAGACUGCAAUACCUCCUCAAUAAAGUAAGUGUUUAAAGAAAAAAGGAAAACAAGUGAGACUCUUUUCUGGUUUUUCUUUUUUUUUUUUCUCCUAAGUUGUUACUGAGAGAACCACACUGCAUUCUACCCACACUGCAGCAGGUGAACAAUGCCAGAGAAAGAUGCAUACCAGUGGUAACAAAAUGGAUGCUGCCAGCGAAGACCCUUCUGUGCUCUGCUGAUUGCGUUGACCAGCUGUCCAACUACGCCGAGAGCUCAUACCUCCACAUACUGACCCCAGGGCUGCCGUCAGUGACCCAUACAUAGGCACUGUGUGAAGUGCCCUAAGGUGUCUGCACAGGACUAGAAAGACACAGGCCUUAUGGGAGGCCGUGACCUUUCUGGAUGAGCAACUGGAGGCAGGAAGAGCAUCUCAAAUUACAGCAGACACCGUGGUGUGAGAAACAGAAAUGAUGCCCUAAAUAUGGGUCUUUUUACCCAUGAGGUGUAUAAACUCCACUCUUGGUGUCCGGCCUUUGCAUGAAGUGCAAAGGGAGACUUCCUUGGGUGCCACCAAGGUCUGCCUGGGGCAUUUCACUAUGACUUUCUCAAGGACACCUCUAAAGAGACACCUUGCAGAUAGUUUGGGAUGCCAGCUCUGGUGUCUGCUGCUGACAGUUGUUUUGGGUUUGGAUCAGGACCAUGGAAUAAUCCUAGCUCCAUGAGAAAAAAUUGAUUUAUCUGGGGAUUGAUCAAAGCCAAAUCCUCACCCCCCAGUAGCGAAACAGCCUUCAUCCUUUUCUCCCUAAACCCAUUAGAAGGGUCCCCAGAUAAUAAUAAAAUGCUUAAAGUCCAAAUCAUUGCCCCAUUCUCCACUGCAUGGAUUUUAUGCAGAAAACCACAUCUGCAAGCAUUCACUGAGCAGUUUCAGUCACCAAGUGAAAAGAAUGCCCACAAGGUCUGAUUUUGCUUUCAGGUCUAUACAGUAAAUUCAGCAUGGUCAAGCUGAAACCAAUGGAGUUAAAUCAAAGUAAAAAUUAUGUUAAUUAAGAGACAUCCAAGCUCUGAUGACUUUUAAAAAAGAAGUCUUCUGGUCUUACACAGUGGGUCAGGUAGGGCUUGUCUUGAGUCACUUGCUUUCCUAUUUCUAGACAUGCAAAUUGUUUCUGUGGAUUUCAGGAGGAAUUUGGCUGUGGGACCUUUUUGGAUCACCUUGUUGACUCAUUGACUAUCUGUGUGUAUCUUCUCAGCAUCAGUUCUGUCUCCAGCAUUCAGCAUAGCCUGUCUAGAGGAGAGAUGGAGACAGGCUGUGUUGGGGAGCACUUGAGCAAGAGUGCGUAUUUUGUGCUUCAAUGGGACGUCUGGAGCUGAUUGACGUUCAGCAUGCUCUCGUAUGGUGGGAAUGAGAGGGUCUUUGGCGUCAGAGCAAAUAUCUGUUCCAACAUAAGUGCCUUGGGAUGUUUACUUGCCCUUUGAGAACGUGACAGUUCCCAUGAGAACUUCUUUGAGAAUCCCAGGCUGCAGGGAGCCUGGUGUCCCCACAGAUGGGGAAUGAGGAGUCAAAAAAGACCAGGGUGAAAACUGAGUGGGCAACAGGACACUCAGUAUCACGUACUUCUACACGUGCUUUAUUUGGUCACUUUCAACUAGCAGCCUCCACAGGGAAUGAGUAUUUACUUCCCACCACCACCUUAGCUAACUCUCAUCCCAUCCAGAGCCAAAGUGAUGCGACCAGGUAGCAUCACACAGGACCAGGUUGUCAAGCUGAAUUGGCUGUAGCCCAGGCACACCUGGAGCGACUGCCUCCAUCUCCUGACCCAAAGCACGGUUUCUCCCUUGAAAGUGAUUUCUUAUGCUGGAACAAAACAAAGGUGAGACACCUCCAUCAAAGGACCAAAGCUUCUGACUAGUCCCCACCUGCAGAUUUUCUGGAUAAGGUCAUAGAAAAAUCUGUGAUCUCCUUUUCUAAAGUCAGUGUUAGCCAGAAAACAAAAGCAGCCCCUGCAAUGGGGUAGGUGAGGUGGGCAGUGCUGGCCUGUGGCUCUCUGCCAAUCGCACGGGCCGUGAUUACAGCCCGUUGCUAUCCUUUGUAAAAGGACUGCUGCCCCACUGCUCACUCUUUUUUCCCACCCCAAGCUGAUUUCUGUCUCUUCUGCUUCUGUCUGCCUUCUUCCCUGGCAAGCUGCUCUUUCAAGGACACCAACCUCCUCCAAGUCACUGCAGACUGAAGGCAGAAGUAGGAAGCAGAGAUCUGGAGAUCCUUCCCUACCAAGUCCAGGAUUUUCUCCUUUUUCAUCAUCUGAAAAAUAGGAGAAGAUGCUUUGCAAGUGGAAUAAGAUACAGACUGUUCUCAUUUCUACAUGUGUAUCAGCCUCUGAGGAACAAAACAGACUGAACAGUGAGGGUCUCAAUGUAGAGGACAGCUUCUGCUGGGGGAGCAACAGGGUUUUGAAGUUAGGCAAGAAUAAGCCAUCAUUAAACCUGUGCUGAAGUCCCCUCGCCCUUAGACAUGUCUGCAGAACAGAAAAUGAGUCCCUGCAGGAGGGCUGGGAACAGCACUGAUGUGAGCUCUCUUUGGUGAGAAAGGACUUACGCAACUAUAUGUUGAUCAUGUGAACUACAAGCUAAGCAGCCCUGAAAACUAGUUACUCCUAGUCACCGCUCAAAGUGUUGCCCUAGGGCUGCAGGCAGAGAUUACUUAGAGUCUUCUGCUGCACAGAUGAGCUGUGGUGCGUUGUGCAUAGCCAAGGGCACAGGCUUAUCCAGGCAGUAUUCCAGGGCCCAAAACUUCCCCAUCAGAGUUGGACAGGCAAAGAAACAGAAAAAAAAACCCCUUGUGACAAAGAAUGUGUUACUUCAAUCAAGUUAAUUUAUAAUAAUUUUAACUAGCUUGGGGUAGGUUGAAGAGCAGAGAGAGGAGGGGAAAUGUGAGGUAUGGAAGAGGCGACUGUAAAGCCUCUGACAGAUGGCAAAAUGAGUUGUGCAUCAGAUCUAACAACAUGAAGGAGAGACACAGAGCCUGGGAAACACCAUGAAAACCUGGUUUCCCUGCAGGAAGGUGUUAGGGUCAGAUCAAACCUCACUUACAGCUUCACCUGUUCGUAUUAAGUUAAUUUAUUAUCAAUGACUUCAGAUUACAUCAAAGCCCCAUGUUGGGUGAUGCAACUGAUGACUCCAUUUGCUGCUCAUGGUGGGCUGAAGGAGGAAUGAGCUUGUGGUUGUUCCUGCACCUUCCUGGGUUCUUGCUCUGCUCUGCAAAGCACCGCCUGCUGUUGUUUUACUAGGCUGAGCAUCAGGGUCCUGAGGGCACCAGUAAGCCUUAAUGUCCCUGACCAACCCCAAAGGGAGCUUGUGACUGCUACGUCCAGCCCCGAGAGAGUGCAGCCCACGGGCACUGUCUGCAUGAGGUUCCCCAUGGCUCCCCACGCCUUGGGGAGCAACCAGCCCUCACCGCUCCUAGACACAGAGUCAGGUUGUGUGGGGCUGUCUCAAGGAAGCAGCAGGAGAGCGGGGGGCUGCGUGGGCACACAGAUACCACAGCAUUCCCAAAAGCACCUGUAAGCCUCUCUGCCUGUAUCUGUGCACAAGAGCUGAAGUGCAGGAAGGAAAGAUAAAUCAGGAGAGCUUGUUUCCUGAGCAUAAGCCCUUGUGUAGUCAUUGUUACAAGAUGAUCUUUAAUUGCAAAAACCCCUAACCAGCCCCUUACAUUCCUGCCUCUGUCCCCAGCUAAGGGUUCAGGUGUGACCAAAAGCUGAGGAGCUUGUGAUGAAUUUCCUUGGACAGACCACGCAAAAUCAGGCUAGCUCACACACACAUAGACACACCAUCCCUAUGGAAUUAAAGGGAAAGAUGGGAAAACAAGUCACAGAUCAGCAUCCCUUUGCUCACUCUGCAGGCAGCAGCAUCUUAAAGGCACAAGUGGGGCACAGCUCAUCUCUCCAGACUUUCCUCCUGUCCAUAAAGCAGAGUAUGGUAUAAAUUACUCCAGACCCUAUAGAUGUUCCUUAUUGCUUCUCUCUAUUAAAGCCCAGGGGGACAGAGCAUGGGGCACUCCUGUUCCAAGCAGGACCUGUAGAGGUUCAUCUUUUGCUUUUCCAGCCUUCUGGCAUGUCCCCAUCUUAUGGUUCCAGGGAAGAGGGAUGCUCUCAGGUACCAUGGAUGCACCUAGCCCAGGUGGUCUGGGAGCCCUAUUCCUGCAGCACUGUCUGCCUCCCUUUGAGCCCUUUUCUCCUGGAUAGUUUUGGAAACCUUUGACUCAGGUUUCCUGUGGCUCAGCAUUUCAGCCCCUGUGAUUAGUUGUCUGUCAGAAUGGGUCUUCUUUUAACUCCAAAAGACUUUCCUGUUAAAUAUAGGAAAAAGUCUGCAGCAAAGAAAAUAGCAGUCUAUUUUUCAUUUUAACAUCUCCAUGCAAGUAAUAAGCCUGAUCCAUCUUUAGCUCGACAUAGGGGGCCCCUUUCUGCUCACCAAAUUGCUUGCAGAUGCUGGGGGCUCAGAGCAGCUCAGCUGCUAAUGCACAGCCUAAUGUUGCUUAGCUCCACUCCGCUUGCUUUUCGCAAAUUAAUUGCCAAGCACCCAGCAUGGAAAGUGGCACAAGGCUGUGAAGGUCUGUGCUAGUAUUGCAUGCCAGCUUGGUCAGCCAGAUGCCGAGUUUGAGGAGAAAAGGCAUUCUGCUGCCUUCAGCAAGACAAUUCCCAGGGUUUAGCCCCAGUCUGCAGGGGAAUUUUGGACAGCAGGCAUGCCAUGGCAGCGUUAUACCUCUGUGCAGUCUGAAUAUGACCUCUAUACCCACAUGCUUCAGUGUGUAGCUCUGCCUUGUGACGCCCUUAUCCGGCAGCAUAAAAGUAUUCAAUUCUGGUAAAGAAGCGUCACCGCCGGGAGCGGGUCAGGCUCCACCAGAGAUGCUGUGCAAGGGGGUGCAGCCAAGGACUGCUGCUGAGCUCAGGCCGUGUAGGGGCGUCACUGGCAGCCCAGCGCCGCGUGCCUACCUGGAAACGGCUCCGGCUCCUCAGCAGAGCAUUACGGCUUAGGUCACGGUGAGUUAAACUGGGGUUAAAGCACUUGUCCCCCUGUUAUGGUCUCCUCUUUCCAUCAGUAUAAUUUGGAGACACUUGAAUUUAGGUGCUUAAUUUAAGCAUCUUAACUCUGAGCUGAAUCCCAGCCAGGGAGUCAAAGGCCUGAAUUCACCCUGUCAGACUCUUUGACCAUAAGCUGGAAAGGGGCCAAGAAGCAAUUUAAUGUAAAGGAGUAAAGGAAGUUUCUGGUCCUCUGGAAGUUUUUUUCACUUUACUGUGAAUUCAUGAAUCCUUCAAGCUGACAAAAAAUGGGAAAAUUAGGACUCCUAAUUGUAAAGCCAGCAAAAAAUUCUGAAAAUUUUUCAAUCUUCCUACAUAAAAAAUAAGUGCAU